AUGAGUGAACAAGAACACUUUAGUUUUUUAGCUGAUACUCAACCGGCCUCUCGUGCUUGCGUAUUUAUUAAUUCUAUUAAUAAUUCCGUUAUGCAAAAAGUUACCACAAAUUCGCAGUUAUUCGCACUUCCAUUCCCACCCACAAUUAAUCCUCGUGAUUUGAUUGUUCCACGGCCUAAUGGUCAUGUCCCUAGACCUCCUAAUACCUUUAUUAUCUAUCGAAAAUUAUUUUUUGAAACUGCUCGUACCUUUGGUUAUAACUUACCUAUGAAUAUUAUCUCUUCAAUGGCUUCAAAAUCAUGGGAUAAUGAAUCUGAUAAUGUUAAAAAAGAAUAUAAGAGAAUCGCGAAAGAGGCUUUUAGUUAUUAUAAUGAAUUAUUUCCUAAAAUUAAAUCUCCAAAAAAAAGUAACAAAUGGAGAACUGUUUCAUUUGAUAAAUCUACUCAAAUUCUUUCUACACAAUUUUUUGAUUCAUCAAUUAAAGUAGAUCAACAAACUAUUUGGAAUUUUAUUGAUAAUACCAAUAAUAACUCUUUGUUUAUAGACGAUAGGCAAUAUGAAUUUGGCGAUUCAUAUUUCUCUAAUUAUAUUUCAGAAACAAAUUCUUUUGGAAUGUUCGAUACUCAAAGCAAUUUUAUAAAUUCCAACAAUUUCAAUGAGAUGUCUGAUGAACAAUUACCUUCCUCUUAUAACUUAUCAGAUUCAACAAAAUAUCAUGAUAAUUUAAAUGAUUCACUGAUUUCUUAUGAAAU